GCCGGUUCUCUAAAAAGAGCCGGAAAUCCCAUCACUACCGUGAGACUGCUGUCAUUCAUUUGACCACACACACAGUGCUUGUGGCGUGACAGAGGACCUUCAUGUGCAAAGUGAGGAUGAGCAGCAGGCUGAGAUGACCAGGUUGACCAUGAAGACGACAUUGGGUGAUUUGAGGUGUGACAGCGAAGAAGAAUCCACAGUGAGAUCGCAUUGAGAGGCAGACCUAUCACCAUAAUUAAGCUAAAGAUCCCAGCAUAAACCUUGUCUUCUGUUGUCACGUUAGUGAUGUUUGAUGUGUUCAUGAUGAGAAAAGAAAUCUUUCUGCGUCCUUUAUAAAAUAUUGUAGUCAAGCAGCAAAAGCUCCUCUCUGAGCUGGUUAUCUGUGUGGAAUGAGGUGAGGUUAGUCUGCGAGGGCAAACAGUGGAACAGGAAACUUUGUGACUUGACUCAACAGUUGUGGUAACUGACAGAAAUGACGCUACAUGACAACAUAGUUUCUGCCACUUUUAAAAGUAGUAUCCUGUUUACCCCCCUAAAUCAAAAUACAUUUAUAAGGCAUGACACUAUUUAGAAAUAAGUGACACUAAUGCUUAUUAUUGACUAUGUGCACGUUAGCAUAUGCUACUUCCGGUGCGGAAACUCCUGUGGGGAGCUUUAUUUCCGGUGUCCUAUUCGCGCCUUGUUUACGGUCCAAAACAAGUUAACCAAAUGAAUGAAUUAAGCGGCGAUUUACAUUUCUCUAGAUGUCUUGCUCAUUUACCCAAUAUAACUGUAAAUGAUGUUCAUCGACUUGUCGAUAUUUUUUCCCCCGCGCCUCAGAACAAAAGAGAAAAGGGAUUCAAAUUUUAUAUUUGUCAGUAUCUGUAUAAUUUUGAAGUGUCUGACAAAGAUCAGGGCUCAGGAGAGGUGGUGGUCAGGGCAGAGUGCUUCAGGUCUAUGAGGAAAACAGAGAAAUCUCACAAACUCAGCGUGGUCCUAAAAGAUUCGCUGCCUGUGCAACUGCUGCACUUCUCCUGCACGUGCAAGGCUGGAAAAGCUCUGUGCAACCAUUGUGUUGCUCUUCUGUUUCAAUCUGCACACUAUUCGCAGUUGAAAGUCCAAGUCGUUCCCCCGAUAUUGAGCUGCACUGAAGGUGAACAACAGUGGCAUAAGCCCAGAGUUAUGGGGAUAAAGCCUGGCCCUGUUGAGAAGAUGGCUGUGCUCUCAGCCAAACCCAAAACAAGAAAGAUCACAGAGGGAGUGCGGAGCAAACUGUACAAAGGCCUUUACGGGGACCUUCCUGACCUCUCGGUUCUGCGGGUAUCUGAAGUGUACCAAACUUUCUCUGAUGCUGACCGGCCUAUGAUUUGUACCAUGGGAAUAAGUGACGAUAUCCCACUUGUGGGGUCACGUUUUGGCAAGGUGCAACAAGGAAGUCCACUUUCUUAUCAGCAACCAUCCAAAGAGAAAGCGCAGACUCUUCAUAAUGCUCCACCUCCACCAUCAUUGCCACUGCAGGACUACAGACUGAAACCAUCAGAGUGCAUGUUUGUCUGUUCCAGGAAGCAACAGCUGCACAUGAAAAGUCUGGAGGUGACGCUGGAAAUGUCCCAGAGCAUAGAAUGUGCUAUGCGAGAGCAGAGUGAGUGUGCCGAUUGGUAUAAUGUACGGAGACCACGAGUGACUGCGUCUCGUUUUAGAGAGAUCUGUCAUGUGAGCAAACCCUCUGAAGAGCUGCUGGCUGAACGCAUCUUAAAAGGUACUCACCAGACAGGCCCUAUGAAGAGGGGUUUAGAGUUAGAGGCAGAUGCGAUCUGGGAAUACUGUCAGAUAAAACGAGUGAACCACUACAAAUGUGGAUUUGUGGUGCACCCAGAUGCACCGUGGAUUGGUGCAUCACCCGAUGGUAUCAUUUUCGACCCCUUGGAGCAACCUCCGUUUGGCCUAGUAGAAAUGAAAUGUCCAAACAUUAAAAGUUAUGUAGAUGCACCUUACCUCAAGGUCAGCAGAGGGACAUUGCAGCUUAAACCAACACAUGCCUAUUAUUGGCAAGUUCAGGGCCAGCUGCUAACUACAGGUAUGAGUUGGUGCGAUUUUGUAGUCUCCAGUCAAGAAGAUGUCUUCAUACAAAGAAUACAGAGGGAUGAGGGUUUGAUGGAGACAAUUAAGCCUAAGAUAGAUAUGUUCUAUUUUCACGUGUACAUGGACAAAUACCUUGCAGUGUCAUAAAUGGACAGCUUGUCAUUCCUGACUUUAAUGUCAUAAACUUACAUGGUGGGCAAGGGCCAUUGUAUUAUUUGCUUGUUGUUUUGUUUUGAUCAAAAUAGAAAGCUGUUAAUAAAAGUAGGUUUGGUGAAGAGUUCACAUAGUCGAGUUUUGUGUUAGUAUUUUUUUUGGU